GUGCAUUGUUGCGCUGGUCGUGCUACACCCACGCUGCGCACGCCCGGGCUGCAGCGAUGCAGACAGGAGCCCGUGGUGAUGCAGCGUCCUUGGGUUCUCCCUCCCAAGGCAGCGCCCUUGCUGUACAAGCCGCCCCCGCCGGCAGAGUUGGAGCUAGCACCUGGCAUCGUGGUCCGCAUUGGGGCCUCCACCUGCGAGAUUACCGAGGCUCUGGGUAUGGGCUCCUUCGGCGUGGUCUGGGCUGCCAAAUGCAACAAGGAGUCCUGCCAGGAGGUCGCAGUGAAGGAGAUGAUCUGCCGUUCCUCCGCAGAUUUCCAGCGGGCAGAAUACGAGAUCGCCCUGCUGAAAGA